GACGGCUCCUCGAAGCGGCGUUGCGCGUGCGCGCUUUCCUCGCGGGGGCUCGACUAGUGUGUAGCUUUUCGUAUUCCCCGCCGCCGCAGCCCCAGCUCCCGGUCCGGGAAGUCUCAUCCUCAGAGCUCGGAAUGUUCCCUGAACUCAAUAACCUUCUCAACACCACUCCUGACAGGGCGGAGCAGGGGAAACUGACUCUACUCUGUGAUGCCAACACAGAUGGCAGCUUCCUUGUGCACCACUUUCUCUCCUUCUACCUCAAAGCUAAUUGUAAAGUCUGCUUUGUGGCACUGAUCCAGUCCUUCAGUCACUACAAUAUCGUGGGACAGAAGUUGGGUGUCAGCCUGACUGUGGCACGGGAGUGCGGGCAGCUUGUGUUCCUAGAAGGUCUUAAGUCUUCGGUGGAUGUUUUCUUCCGGGCUCAGGCUGAGCCACACCCCUUGCAGUUCCUCAGGUCAGUCAGCCUGCAGCCCAGCCCAGAAGUGCAUGCCUGGGAGGCCAAUGCUGAGAACCUGCAGCCACUGUACGAGUUUGUGCAGGAGGCUCUGAAGCCCGUGGAUGAUGGAGAGGCUGCGUGGAGGUGCCCAGUGCUGCUGGUGGACGACCUCAGUGUGCUGCUGAGCCUGGGCAUAGGUGCGGUGGCUGUAUUGGACUUCAUCCACUACUGCAGGGCCACCGUGUGCUGGGAACGAAAGGGAAACAUAGUAGCCCUGGUGCACGACAGUGGAGACACCGAGGACGAGGAGAACAACAUCCUUUUGAACGGCCUUAGCCACCAGAGCCACCUGAUCCUGCGGGCUGAGGGGCUGGCCACUGGCUUCUGCAGGGACGUGCAUGGGCAGCUGAGGAUCCUCUGGAGGACACCAUCACAGCCCACAACCCAGCGGGAUCGGAGCCUCACUUACCAGUACAAGAUACAGGACAAGAGCGUGUCCUUUUUUGCCAAAGGAAUGUCUCCUGCUGUUCUGUGACCUGAUUGAGGGGCAAAUGUAGCUACCUUGGACUGUUUUCAGAUGUGAAAGAUGAAACAACGAGUGGGAAUGGAUCUGCACACCUUUGAAGUGGUAUUUCAGCCUGGAUUGCUACCACUGUGACCCGAUGCUGUGGAAUGGCUCUGUGACAGUAUGCCUUUGUUGCCCAGGGCCCUGUUCCGGAAACACAUAAGGAAUUGCAACCCGGCCUCUGCUGAGAGAGAUGCCACAUAUUGAAACCAGGUGAAAGUCAUCCCAGGAGCCUUUCAUUAAAUACACUUUAGCCUCAACUGCCCAUUUUUGGCUUUUGAGCCUUUCAGAGCCAGAGAAGGUAUAACUGUGCCAGCCAGGGGACAGUCCUGGGUGGCAGGCAUACGAGGUGACAACUUGGGUAAUUAUGGCUGUGGUAAGUCGAGUCCUACAUCAUGGCUUCCUCACAAUGGAUUGUCUCAUUUAAUUUUCACCUUCAUCCAGCAAAGGUAUUUUUCCUUCAGUCCAGUAAGAAAACCGGCUUAAAGAGGUUUGGAAACACACUCACGGUUGUAGAGCAGGCUGUAGAUAGUGGAGCCUAACUCUGAAGUCCACACUUGCUGACUGACCCUCAAGGAAACCAGGGGCAGGCUCCCUAGCCGGUUCACAGCCUCCUUGGUUGUGUGGUCCCUGACCCAGGUGUCAUGAAACCGCGGCCUUGGUCACAUGAGGCUUCAUGGCCUUGGUGACAGGGGUAAGGAGUGUUCUUGCCACCAGGUGGGACAGGGCCUUGGCAAGUUGCUGCCUCCUUUACCUGUAAAGACUGAAGAGGUGAGCACUUGACCCAGCGUCCCAUAGAUGCCAACUUACCACACUCUGCCCAUCGGUCAAGAUCACCUCAGUAGACACCGGGGGUAUUCCCUUAAACUGGGUACAUUUUGUUGUACCACAAUGAAUUAUUUUUAAAAUUAAAAGUAAAUAAAAUGAAAAAAAUAACACUGCAGGGACUAAGGAAAUUUCAUACCUGUUGUUUAAUUGUAACUUUUUCACAUUUUGUAGUCUUCAUAAGAGGAAACAAUUUAUCACUCCUCCCCUCAAAUCAUAAAAAAAAAAAAACUUAAAAAACUAAAAAAAACAGGAACGCCUGGGUGGCUCAGUCAGUU